UUCAACCGAAGAAGUCGAGCGGAGGAAGUGACGCAAAGCUGUAAUUCUGCUUCCUUCAGCCUCUUUUCGCCUUGGCUCGGCUGUCGACCGGUUCGCAAAGAUGCAGAUCUUCGUGAAAACCUUGACGGGAAAGACCAUCACCCUCGAGGUGGAACCCAGCGACACUAUCGAGAAUGUGAAAGCCAAGAUUCAGGAUAAGGAAGGAAUCCCACCUGAUCAACAGCGUCUGAUUUUUGCUGGUAAACAGCUUGAAGAUGGACGCACGCUGUCGGACUACAACAUCCAGAAAGAGUCCACCCUCCACCUGGUGCUGCGUCUGAGAGGAGGCAUCAUCGAGCCGUCCCUCAGGCAGCUGGCCCAGAAGUACAACUGCGACAAGAUGAUCUGCCGCAAGUGCUAUGCCCGUCUGCACCCCCGUGCUGUCAACUGCCGCAAGAAGAAGUGUGGGCACACCAACAACCUGCGCCCCAAGAAGAAGCUGAAGUAAACCAGAGUCUGGCGCUUACUGGAGGCAACGCUUUGUAAAAAAAGAAAAUAAAAAUGAAAUGUAAAA